GCCCCGCUGAGCCGCGCGGCUCCUGUUGGGUCUCGGGGGGGAACUGGGGGGCUCUGGCAGGGCCCUGUGGGGCUGGUUCCUUGUUCUCUCUGCGUCCCAUGCUCACGUAGCCUGGAUCCCCCGGAGCGUCCAGCACAGCGUGUGGCUGGAGCUGCCCCCUCUCACCCUGGGGUAUCGCUGAGCGGAGGGAAGGUCAGCCCCACGCCUGUGGGGUUGGGGACUGGCCCCUUUCCCAGCACCCCCAGUGGGGUCCAAUCCCCAGGAGACCCCCCUGCCCGGCCUGGUUGGCACAUGGGGCCCCGUGUCCCCCCAGGCCCCGAGCCGCUGCCCGUUCUCUCAGCCCGUAGCCGGACUCCAGGCCCCUGAGUGGGUUUCCUGGGCCCAGAGGGAGCUUCCCCCCACGGUGACUGUCGGCACCGCCCUGCCCCCCCCCCAACGCCCCAUGGAAGUCGGAGCUGGCCCAGUGCCUGGCCCCCCUGACCUGCCUUUCCCAUUGCAGCGAGAGCAGCGGGGAGAUCCUGAACAACUGCUGUGUGAUGGAGUACCACCAGGCCACGGGCACCCUGAGCGCCCACUUCAGGAACAUGUCCCUGAAGCGCAUCAAGCGCUCGGAUCGGCGCGGCGCCGAGUCGGUGACGGAGGAAAAAUUCACCAUCCUCUUCGAGUCGCAGUUCAGCGUCGGCGGCAACGAGCUGGUCUUCCAGGUCAAGACGCUGUCCCUGCCCGUGGUGGUGAUCGUGCACGGGAGCCAGGACAACAACGCCACGGCCACCGUGCUCUGGGAUAACGCCUUCGCCGAGCCGGUGAGCAGCCAGCACCGCCAGGGAGCAGAUUCCCACACCCAGGGGGCCUGCCCCCCGUCACUUGGGGCCCAGAUCUGCAGUGCCCUUGG